UGUCGGGGAAUCACAUCCGCCUGCCGCUAGCUUUGUUGUUGCAAAGAUUUUCUACUGUCUAAGGCGACGCUAGCCAGCUAGCCGUAUCAGCAUUACUGGAAUAAGCGCACGCCUUCGGAUAUAAAUAUAGAGACAUGGGGAAAAAACACAAGAAACAUAAACCAGAGUGGAGAACAGUUGAUGACUAUGAGGACAAGGCUCUUGAGAAGCCCCUUAAGCUUGUGCUCAAAGUUGGAGGAAGUGAGGUGACUGAGCUCUCCGGUUCGGGCCAUGACUCCAGCUACUACGAUGACAGGUCAGACCACGAGCGAGAACGCCACAAGGAGAAAAAGAAGAAAAAGAAGAAGAAGUCCGAAAAGGACAAAGACAAGUAUGUGGACGAUGAAGAGAGACGACGGCGAAAGGAGGAAAAGAGGAAGAAGAGAGAGAGAGAGCAGAAUGAAUCAGAGGCAGCAGCUGUGACUUCUGCCAGUGCUGGUGUGCCUGUUGAACCUUUCACCUUGUCAAAAACUAUAAGUAUUGCAUUAGAGCCUGAAGAGAAGAAAAAAAAGAAAGAGAGGUUUGAGAUAGAGUCUGAAGUGGAGGAAUUUCACCCUAGUGUGAAGGUGGAAGUAGAGCAGCAGGGAGACAGACCAGUCAGAGCAUGCAGGACACAGCAAGAGAAUGAGUCCACUCCUCGUCAACAACUGCUGGAGCAUUUCUUACGUCAGUUGCAGAGGAAAGACCCCCAUGGAUUCUUCUCAUUCCCUGUAACGGAUGCGAUUGCUCCUGGUUACUCAAUGAUUAUCAAACAUCCUAUGGACUUCAGCACCAUGAAAGACAAGAUUAGAAACAAUGAGUACAACACAGUAACAGAAUUCAAGGCGGACUUCAAACUGAUGUGUGACAAUGCCAUGGUGUACAACCGACCAGAGACUGUCUACUAUAAGGCUGCCAAGAAACUUCUCCAUACGGGAUUCAAGAUGAUGAGCAAGGAGCGUCUGUUGGCUCUCAAGCGCAGCAUGUCUUUCAUGCAAGACAUGGAUUUCACCCAGCAGGCAGCCAUUUUGGGAGAUGAGGACCUUACAGCUGAUGUGACUCCUCCAGAGAUAAUCCCCAUGCCAGUGGAAUCUGCCAAGAAGUCCAGGAAACAACCAGUCAAGGACAUGAAGGAAGUCAUCAGUUACCUGUAUGAACCAGAGGGAAAUGCUUGCAGCUUGACUGAUAGCACAGCAGAGGAGCACGUUCUGGCACUAGUCGAACACUCUGCAGACGAAGCUCGGGAUCGUAUCACCCGAUACAUGCCAAACUCCAAGAUGGGCUACUUGCGUAAAGAAUCAGACGGUUCUCUUCUAUAUACUGUUGUAAAUCAGCUCGAUCCUGAUGCUGAAGAAGAGGAGACCCAUAAAGUGGAUCUGAGCUCUCUGUCAAAUAAGCUUCUGCCUGGAUUAACAACACUGGGUUUCAAAGAUGACAGGAGACACAAAGUGACCUUCCUGAGCAGCGCCUACAACAUCCAGAGUCUUCAGAAGAACUCUGUCUUUCCAGACCUGCUGCCUGAUGAGGUGGACAUGCUCUAUUCAGCCUAUGGAGAUGACACAGGGGUACAAUGUGCUUUGAGUAUACAGGAGUUUGUUAAGGGCUGUGGAAGUGUCACCAAGCGGUGGGUUGAUGGUCUUCUGGACAAGAUGACUGCAGGUGAUCACACUAAAGCUGUCAAUCAGAUCCGACAGAAAAGAAACAUGAUGCAGAAACCUGAUGAAGCCAAGUCCAACAUCUGUGACAUACAGUUGGGAGAUAGCACCGGCCUGGGGGAGGGCAGCUCAGUCCUGGACUUCAUGUCAAUGAAGAACUAUCCUGACAUGUCUCUGGACAUUUCCAUGCUAAACUCAUUAGGUAAAUCGGUGAAAAAAGAACCCGGGAACGAGGAGGGCCAGCAGCAUUUUGACGACGCAGACAAACUCCUGCAGGAGUUCCAGGAGGCUCAGGUGGACCGAGUUGGCUCCAGACCCUCAUCCAAUCUGUCGUCUCUCUCUAAUGCCUCGGAGAGGGAUCAGCACCACCUAGGGAGCCCAUCACACCUGGGUGUUGGGGACCAGUCGGAAAUGGUUCACGAUCCUUACGAGUUCCUGCAAUCUCCGGAGCCAGAGAGCACAGGCAACAGCUGACCACACCCACUGCCUUCUUGUUAUCCCGGUGUUAACAGCAGUGGGAACACUGUUUAAACACUGUGGAGACAGCAGGAGCCUGUGAAAUGUUUUAAAGACUGAACAUGAUUGUACAGACUGUUUGUAGUGUAAUUGUGUGUGUUUUUUGUACGAGUGCAACUGCUGAGAAAUAAAUGCUUGCACCUGUA